UUCUCCAAAAAACGUAUUUGACAAUAUUUGCAUGUUCGGUUUUUACCUUAACGGCUUAAACAUGCAUAAUUUGUACAAUGCACUUCCGUGUGAACGUCUUUGACAACCAUAUUUUAGAUACCCUGUUACGCGAAUGGUUGCGUAUAAUAUUUUUGUUAUUCUAAUACACUGGGGAAUAUUUAAAGAGAGUUAUUUUUAUUGUUUGCACCCUGUUGCGUGUAUUACAAUUAAAAAGCUAUUAAGACUUUAAAUACGUUCAACCAUCAAAACACAACAAUGUUUUUAUUGAUUGAUUUAAAAUCAACACUAUAUGUUUCUACUCAUAAAGGGUCAUCUUCAGGUCAAGGAACCAGAUAUAUGAAAUGACUACUGUUCAUGGUAAUGCUAUGAAGACUACCACAGUUGCAGCGGACUGUGUAUAAGAUCAGAUACUUCAUUAGAACCUAAGGAAAUGUGGAGAAAUCUGUAGGCAAUGGCAGUAGAAGAAAUGGAAAAGGAUGCGUAAUGCCAGUCUCUAUGUCUGUGAAGAUGGUGGGUGAUCGGAGACUGUGUGGGAAAGGGUCUGAAUUUGUACCAAAUACUCACAUUUCAAGAGGUGUUGAAAAAUCAAAUGAAUUUUUAGUAGACACUGCAGAUGAGGGAGGAAGUUCAUUAGGUAGCAACAAAAAGACAACAGCUGAUAUGGUUACAACAGUAAAAUCUGCAGUAGAGAGACAGGAUGUAUGUAACGAUUUCCUCAGGUCAUCUGAAGAGACAGAUGACAUGACGUCUUUUUAUUCUCCAGCCUCUCAUGUUGCUGAAUUGUCAAAGAUUGAGAGGAUUGGUGUUAUUUCUGUGUUAGAAGAUUGCAUUGAUCAGAUGUACAUUUUGGGGAAAACUAACAGAAAGGCAACUGGCUCAAUCGAUAUGCAAUAUAGGAGUUUGAAGGAAAGAUUUUCAGAUAGGGAGCAAACUAAGAUUGAAUUGGAAGAAAAAAGUGGAAAAGCAGAGGCGACCAGAGAUACCAAGAAGAUGAUAAAACUCCAGAGAGACCGAGCAACACUUGAAGCAAUUUUACAGAAGACUUUAGAGGAGCUAAAAUUAAAAAAAUCCUUCAAGACUCUAGUGAAAGUAUCAGAGUUGGAGGUACAACAACAGAAUGAAGAAGCAGAACUUAUAAGUGCAGAAGAAAGAAAUGUGAAGGAAACUAAUAAACUUCAUAAUAUUUUGGAAGGAGACUUGAAGAAAGGCAUGGAUAAAAUGAAUAAGAAAUCUGACACUAUUGCUUGGCUGAAAGAUGAAAUUCAUGAUACAUUAUUCAUGAAUGACCUGAAAUUUAAGUACAUUUCUAAGUGGGAGAGAGCACGAGAGGAACAGAAUGGUGCACGGCUUUCUCAUUCUGAAAAGAGAUUGCAGGAUCGACUUAUAGACCUCCAAGACAGCACAGACAUGGAACUGAGGAGCCAUGUUGAAAUUGAAAUGUAUCUGAAGCAAGCCAUCACAAAUUUGGAAGCAGAAAUUGAAAGAUGGAUGGAAAAGUAUAACACUGAAUUGGAAGACAGAGAGACUGAGCUUCAAAACCUACAAGCAAAACGCGCAAUGAAAUAUAAAGAACUUCAAGCUCUGGCUUCCUUGUAUCAGGAGCGCCAAAAAGAAAUAGAUGCCUACUUGGCAUACAAGGAAAAACAAGCAGCUAAAGCAGCACAUGAGGCCUUCCUGUACCGCAUGGCAACCAUCAUCCAAGCUUGGUGGCGAGGCACUAUGGUUCGGCGAGGACUUGGGCCUUACAAGAAGAGCAAGAGGGGCAAAGAUAAAAAGGGAAAGGGUAAAGGUGGCAAGGGAGGACCAAAGAAGAAGAUAUAGCAAGUAAAA